UUCCGGACGAUCAUCAUUAGAGAUCCUACAAGAUGGCGAGCAUGACAGAUGCAUCAGAAGUCGGUUUGGAUGGCGAAAAAUUCAAAUGGACUUACCGUAAUACUUUCGGUAACUUGUGCCUCAGCCCGAAGAUCAUGGGGCUUAUCCUGAACAGAGAGUGCCAAGACAAGAAAAGUCAUGAAACUUAUAGACAAUACCUGGAUCGGCUUCGGAGAGACAAAAACGAAGACGCUUUCUCCAACACAGAAUGGAAAAAGGCAUUCGGAUUCUUGUCAAAGGCUUUUGAAACAGUUACAAAUCCCGACGAACAAGACGUCACUGCCAUCUUUAGUCUGUUUAAUUAUAUUAUCACAAUAGUUCGCAAAGAUAGCUCAAAAGAUUAUCGUGAACUGCUGAAAAAGUUAAAAGAAGUCAAGGACUGGCGGAACAAUUCCUUUCACAACUUGCAGGCCGUUGAGAGCAAGCAAAAUUUCGAAGGUCUGCGAGCAGCGCUGGUUGAGCUGAUAGAUGAAGCCGGAAGCUUCUAUUCUCUUAACCAAGGAGAGAUCGAAGAUAUGAAACAUGAGCUGAGCGAUGACAUUGCAAAACUGCAAUCAACUGACAAGACGAGCCUUUACUACUGGUGUUCGAGGCUGAUGGUGAGCGGAAAAGCAGCCUUCAGACUCCUCUGGGAAUCCAGACUUUCCGGUGAGGUGCUCAGUCUAGGCAAUGAAACAAUAAAGGUGAAACGUCGGGACGUGUUCCACGCCCUCGACCUGGAGGUGAAAGCACUAUCUGGCGGAGAAGUUUUCCCUUAUUUCAAGAUUUUUGGAGCUCCGGAGAAGAUUGUAGUGGUGACGGGCGUCGCUGGAGCUGGCAAGACGACUCUCGUCAAGAACAUUGUGCUGCAAUUCUUCGAGCCACUUCCAAAAGCUGAUGAUUUCUUGAAAUCAUUUAAUCAAGUCAUCUUCUUCGAGUGCCGUGAUCGCACCACGACAACAUUGAGUGACGUCAUCGAGCAACACUUCGAAGACUUGUGCAUUGAACUAGGGAAAGAAAAUAUCCUCAAGGCUCUCCUGCGUCUUGAUGUCUUAAUUAUAGUCGAUGGCUUCGACGAAGUCAAUGACGUUUCCAAGAAAGUUGUUAUUGAGGUAAUCGAGAAGACAAGGCGCAACAACUGCCGUGUGUUGAUCACGGCUCGUCCUUAUGCCGUAAAGGAGAAGCUGGAGCCACUUCUGACGAGUCAUGAUGUCAGCUUCACUCAGUUCGAAAUCAUGCCGCUUACGGAGCUUGACGACCAGCUGGAAUUCUUGAGGCGGUAUGAAGAGUCUUUGAGUGAUGGAACGCCGACGGGGGAGAUGACAAGGAGCUUCAUGUGCCUCAACAACGAUAUCAGAAGUCAAUUCUCGGAGCCUAUUAACUUAGUUCAUUUCUGUGAGAUGCAUAAGUACUUCCCUGAGGCGAUACCCUCGUGGCAAACGCCCGGGGACGUGGCACCAGAUAAGCUACGACUGUACAGAAAACUGCUUCACACCAAACUAUCGGGUUCGAUUGAUGAGGACUUGGACGUCCUGGUGGACAACAUGUUUGCUCUCGUCGGUGCUGAAGCGUUGAAGCUGCUCCGCGACAACGUCCUGACUUUCUCAGAAGCGGAGUUGCGGGCUAUUAAACCGAGAUGUCAGGUUAGACUAAAAGGAGAUGAAAAGUCCGAUUCUGCAGUUGUGCUCUCAAUCGUGUUGAAAGAGCAUAAGCCUCUGGGAUUGAACAGGAGUUCAAGCUAUGAAUUCAAGCACAAGAGUGAGCAGGAAAUGUUUGCAGGUGAUUACGUUGUUCAGUGCAUCAUUGGAGAGAGCGCCGACUCCCUCAAUAACAUCCUAGGAGUCCCAAAGGAAGAACUGAGUCAGCUGCGGGAAGUGCUGCUGUACGUGGUGCAGAUGCUGAGUAGGGACAGCCCCCGCCACUUCCUACGACGGUGUGGGGAACUGAAGGAGGCGCUACGCGACGCAGGUGUCACCGCCGCCGAUGUGAUGGACUGCGUCACGCGCUGCCCUGACCACGCGGAGCAAGUGGCCGAGCUCGCCACUUUGACGGAGGACGAGGACUGGAACGUCAGAAACAUUCGCCAUGUCUCAGCGGUGACGAAAAUGUUGCGGCAUUCGCGGCCGAAGCAUUUGGUGGUGGAGAUGGAAGCCGCCGCCUUGAGAAAGGCGCAAUGGGGAGAGCUUUUAGCGGAGGCAGGCGGUGUGGACGUCAGGCUUAACCUGUUCCAUCCUUACGAUUACCAGCCUCCUUACUACACCUACCAGCCCCAUGACGACCUCCUCCUGCCGCUACCAAACAGCGGGGUGCGGCUGGUCGGGUUCUGGGGAUGCGUGGGCACCCCCGCUGGGGUGGCCGCCCUCGCCGCUGUGGCGCGUGGAGCUGAGCUCCACAUCCGCAUGGCGGCGCCCCUGGACCUCGGCACCUUCGGUGGAAUUAACAGAAAACUCACCGUGUACACGCGCCCCUUCUCGCCCCCCGCCUACAUCAAAAGGCCGCUGCCCCUCAUCCCUUCACCAUCGCUGUACGUGGAGGGGGCGGAUAGUGGGUGCAGGGGGGCCGUGGCCCACACCAUCACCUCCCUCGCCCCUCAUAACAAGAGGUUCGCAGAGCUCAGGCUGAAGGGCUGCAGACUUCGUGCAGCAGAGCAGCAGCUGUUGUUGCAGGAGCUACAGGCGGCGGGCAUCAGGACGAACUACUGGGGCGACACGCGCGCCGAGGCUUUCGGGUGA